AUGAAUCACUCAUCUUCUCUCUCCUCGACGGAGACGGCAACAGACCUCUCUCUGUGCGGCUCUCCUCAAAUCGAAAGGUUAGGAGAAGGACGAUGCUAUGGGCGUCUCAUGAGAGAUCCAUUCUUCACCAAGUACACAAGAUGGAUGGAUGAACGAGACGGUAGGAAGGUUCAUCGGACAAAGGAAGAGAAUGCAAGACAG